ACAAAUAUGAACGAAUGCAGCCGAAGAUCAUCAAAUCGCCGGAGAAACGAGAAAUCGAUCGUCUCCGCCGGAUACCGUAGUUACAGCAAUGGCAAGAGAAGUAUCGGAGAGCUGUUUGGACAGUUUGCUUACUGAGAUAGUAUCCUCGUAUUGCAAUGUACUCUACGCUACUAAACCGGAGCUUGCUGCUCGGAGGAUCGAAGCCAUCGGCUACCACGUCGGCCACCAACUCUCCGAAAGGUACACCAUGGAGCGGCCACGGUUUAAUGAUCACCUGGAGGCAAUCAAAUUCAUCUGUAAAGAUUUCUGGUCUGAGCUCUUCAAGAAGCAAAUAGACAAUUUAAAGACUAAUCAUAGAGGUACAUUCGUUUUGCAAGAUGAUAAAUUUGCAUGGCUUUCACGCAUGUCGGUUGAUCCAUCAACAGAGAUUUCAGGUUCAGCUAAAGACCCUGAAAACAAAGCAGCAGAAUCGACUAGCAUGCAUCUCUACUUCCCUUGUGGAAUUAUAAGGGGAGCUCUUUCAAACUUGGGUAUUCCUUGUGCUGUUUCUGCAGAUAUAUCAAAUCUUCCUGCUUGUUCAUUUGUGAUCCGGAUAAAGGUGUAGCAAACAUCAAGGUUACCAGGGCUGCAACCCCGACCUCUAUUUUCAGUUUCCUCUACUACAAUGAUGUAAGUAACCAAGUGUGUAGCUGUUGUUUUUGUAGCUGUUUACAAUUGAAUACAAGUUUAAAAAAACGAGUGUUAAAAUACUGUAACCGUGACAUGAAGACAACAGUUUGGCGUUUGUUUUUUUAGUUGCGAACUGCUCGCGAGAGAGAUCGACUUGCAUCAAUGAAGUUCCACUCUUUUUUUUAUCA